AUGGACUCGAGAUCAGCGCCGGCUUCAGUUGGACGUUCUAGGCAAUGGUCAGUACCCUUUUUUGGUGCAAUCUCGCGGUUGAAGAUAAGCGGAUUUCUUUCCAAGCAUUCGUGCAUGGCAAAACAUAUGUAG